UCAGUAACAUGGCGCCUCCGUCUGAACACGACCGCGAUGGGGCGUGAAGUUCAGGAAUCCUGCGCUAGUUUUCCAAACUUUCCGUAAAUGAAAUACAGAACUCUAGGGACAGGGAGUAAUGCCGGUGAUAUACUGAACUCUACUGACUGGGUUUAAUGCGCGUGGGCUGCGAUGUGGCCGCGGAAUCCUAUAAACGCGUGAAACCCCGAAUACCUGCACGCGAUUUCUGCGCUACCGCUGAACGCUGUUUUGUGUAUUGCUUUAGACAGAAUCGCGCGUUUCCCGAAUUUUAAAUUUGGAGAAAACCCGUAAUAAGUGGCUUUCCGCUCGCUUCGCGGAGACUGCUGAACCAUCGUGUUACACAGUACAAGAGCCCAGAACAGCGUGGACCUCACUGCGCCCUACUGUACCGGACACUACCGGGCCACAUGGAGCUGAUACUGCGGUCACAUCCGGGCUGGCUGUGCUUUCUGGGGGCAUUUGGUGUGGUGCUGCGUGCGGGGUUUGUGGAGCCUCCUCCCUCGCUCACCCUGCGCUCUCUGGCCGACACCCCCACGCGGCUGCCCUGCCUCUUUCAGGUGCAGCAGGAGCAGAUCGUCCAGGUGAGCUGGAGCAAGGAAAGGCCCGACCGGACCAAGGAGACCAUCAUUACCGCCCACCAUACCGACGGCAGCACAGAGUUUGGGCGAUUUUCCGGGCGUGUGCAGUUUGAGAGUUCUGACACGAUGGUGAACUCUGCGCUGAUUAUUCUCAGCACGGAGGUGUCGGACGAGGGAACCUACAUCUGUCACGUCUCCACCUUCCCCUCUGGCAACUUUGAGAGACAGCUGUCACUCAUUGUGUGGACCACUCCCAUUUCGUCUCUGGACUCAGUGGUGAUGGUGGAGGGACAGUCCUUUGGGGUGGCGGCUACCUGCCGUGCCGUGGCCCGCCCUGCCCCCCGCCUGGCCUGGGACACAGAGCUGACUGGCCACGCCCAAAACCGCAGCUCGGAGGGCGGGGCCGUCUCCACCCACUUCUCUCUGCACCCGCUGCGCGGCAUGGAUGGGAAGCAGCUGGACUGCCUGGUGUGGCACCCCUCUCAGGCCCAGCCCCGACGCCAUCGCAACCGCCUGGCGGUACACUAUCCUCCUGACGCAGCCAUCAGAGGGUAUGAUGGAAACUGGUAUAUGGGGCUGGAGGGAGUGGCACUCAAGUGUGACAGUGGAGGGAACCCCAAACCACAGAGCAUUGUCUGGUCCAGGAAGGACAUGUCGCUCCCCCAGGGUGUGGAGGUGAGGAACGACACCCUGGUGUUUGGCCGGCCGCUGGCCCUCACAGAUGCAGGCCUGUACCAGUGUGUUGCCGAGAACAGCGUGAGUGCCAGUAAAGCUGAGCUGCAGAUACAUAUUAAAGAGAGCUCUCUGCUGGAGACCCCCUUCAGCACCCUGCUGAUGGUCAUUGUGGGCGUGGUCGCUGGGGUAUUAGUGGUUACCAUGGUGAUCUCAGUCCUGCUGAUUAACCGCUAUCACAAAAGCAGGAACAGGACGCUGGAGAUGGAGCUGUGCGAAAAGAAAGAGGAAAUAAGCACUCUUAACAGACAGGCUUCAAUCAGGAGAGUAAACUCAGUCAGCACAGACCACCGCAUGCAGAUGGAAGAGACAACUCCCCUCAGAGUUGAGGCUACUUUGAGGACCAGCCUGUCGUCUAUUGGGGACCAGGCUCGGUGCAGGGACAGUCACUCCUCUCUGUCAGGUGGGAGAGGGGGAGGCGGGGCAGACUUCCCAGGGCGUCCUGCUCUAUAUAGCAGCUCUCGCCAUGGGGAGAGAGCGAGGGAGCGAGAGACAGAGGGAGAGAAAGCAGAGAACAGAAAGAGGGUGGAGUCAUUUGUUAUGAACAGCAGUUUGGCUCUGGACCAGUCUCUCCAUGCCCCGCUCUACCCCUCAGUCCCCAUGGGGGGAGGCAGGAACCACCUUCCCCUAUACAGCCCCACCCACCCACCCCUCCCAGCUGAGGAGGAAGAGGAAGAGGAGGAGGAUGAGGAAGAGAGGGAGCAGCAGAGUGACAGGGAGGAAAAGAAAAUGGAGGGAGAUGGUUACAGUGAUAACAGCUCCCAGAGAUCAGAUGGACUGAGCAGGCCUCUGCAGCAGGGCAACGGGACUCUGUACUCCAAAUUGCCCCAAAACCAGCUCCACCUGCUCCAAAACCAGCCCUGUGCGCCCCAAAACCCGCCCCAUGUGCCCCAAAACACUGUCCUUCUCCAUACGAGCCAGAUGGUGUAGCCCCUCCCUUAUCUAUGGACGAUGGGUCUGCCUUGAUGGCGUGGCCAUGCUACUGAGCGCCUGAUCCACUCAGAUUACCCAGCAUGCUGUGGGUUCUGUCUUUGGUGUCUGACCUGUGACAUAACCAGUUACCAUGGCAGCAAGGUGGACAAACCUCUGUGUCUGUAUGUUGUUUUGGUCUUUAUUAUUGUGGAGAAGGUUUCACGUACAUAUAUGAGGGCAAAGGCUGGUGAAAGACUGGGCGUUUUAUUGAAAACAGUGUUUGUUUACAGAUGACCUGCAAAACUGUGCGCUUGACAUUUAGAGUUUUAUUUAGGGAAUAUAAUCAGAUUUAAGACUGUGGAAUCCAGACACCACAACGGCAAUAAUUCACAGUCCUGUUUUACUUUCCUGUGAAUUAUUUAAAACUCAACCACAAAAUCUCCUGCCUGCUUUACAGUCAUGCAGUUUCAAUUUGGUUCAAUUUUACUCAUUGUUCUUGGGAAUUUAGAGUGAAACAGUAUUUAUUAGAAAAGGUGUAUUUUUAAAUAGGUUUAUUGGCAUACGACUUUGUAUACCAAGCAACAGCAAACUAACAAAAACAGUAACUGAAAUUCCCAAAAGAGAAAAAACAAUUAUCAUGAUGCACCAGUGACCUGUAGUGUGGGGCCUGCCGCCCCCGGCUGGCUGUUGGGUGGAACUGCAGUGGUGCUCAGGGCUAGGAACAUGAAAGAUCCACUGUGAGUGUAUGUGUAAAUGGUUUGCAUUUAUAUAGCACCUGUAUCCAAAGCAUGAGUGUGAGCAUGUGUGUGUGUGCAUGCGAGUGUGCGUGUGUGUGUGAGUGUGUGUGUGUGUGCUUGUGAGUGUGUGUGUGUGUGUGUGUGUGUGUGUGUGUGUGUGUGUUGCAGGGAUAUCAGUGCUGCCAUGGGGAUGCAUUAAUUGUAUAAAUGGUUUUAUCAGCUUUUUUGUAUAGCAGGGCUGAUAAAGUACAAAAUAUAUGAUGCACAUCAAUAUUUUA